UGGAGGGUGUGAACGUCCCAGCCCUACCGACCUGACGGGCUCGUCCCUGCAUCAGACACACAGCCGGGGACUCGCUCCAUCACACUCCACCACCACCAGAAGAAGAAGAAGAAGAAGAAGAAGGAGAUGCCUGUCCAGUCCACUCUGUCCGGCUCCGUCAAGGCCAUCGACACUCAGUCGGACGGGAAGUCGUUCGAGCAGCUGAGGCAGGAGUGUCUGCAGAAGGGCGUCCUGUUCGAGGACCCAGACUUCCCCGCCACCGACUCCUCGCUCUUCUUCAGCCAGAGCGUUCCCGUGCAGAUCCAAUGGAAGAGGCCGACGGAGCUCUGUGAAAACCCUCAGUUCAUCGUCGGCGGUGCAGACAGGACGGACAUCUGCCAGGGACAGCUCGGGGACUGUUGGCUCCUGGCGGCCAUCGCGUCCCUGACCCUCAAGAAAGACGCGCUGGCCCGAGUCGUCCCCCAGGACCAGAGCUUUGACCACAGAUACGCCGGCAUCUUUCACUUCCAGUUCUGGCAGCACAACAGAUGGCUGGACGUGGUGGUGGACGACCGGCUGCCGUCGGUGAGGAAUAAGCUCAUCAUGCUUCACUCUGCCUCCAAUGACGAGUUCUGGAGCGCCCUCCUGGAGAAAGCCUACGCCAAGAUGCACGGCAGCUACGAGUCCCUGAAGGGCGGCAGCACGAUGGAGGCCAUGGAGGAUUUCACCGGCGGUGUCGGGGAAAUGUACGAAACCAAGAACGCUCCGACAGACCUGUUCUCCAUCAUGAAGAAGGCCCUGGACAGAGGCUCCAUGAUGGGAUGCUCUAUUGAUAUCACCAGCUCUGCAGAGUCAGAGGCCAAGACGAGCACUGGCCUGGUGAAGGGACAUGCGUACUCCAUCACAGGCCUGGAGGAGGUGAAUUACAGAGGUCAGAAAGUCCAGCUGAUCCGGAUCAGAAACCCCUGGGGUCAGGUCGAGUGGAACGGUCCCUGGAGCGACAAUGCCAGAGAGUGGAACUAUGUUGACGCAGCAGAAAAAACUCGCAUCCUGCAGAAUUCAACAGAUGACGGUGAAUUCUGGAUGGAGUUCGAGGACUUCAAAAGGAACUACGACAAGGUGGAGAUCUGCAACAUGACUCCCGACUCCCUGACCGACGACACAAAGCGCCAGUGGGAGGUCAGCAUGUUCGAGGGAAACUGGAUUCGUGGCUCCACUGCUGGAGGCUGCAGGAACUUCAUUGACACUUUUUGGACGAACCCGCAGUUCAAGCUGCAGCUGGAGGACGCUGACGACGACGACGACGUGUGCAGCGUGGUGAUCGCUCUGAUGCAGAAGAACAGGCGAAAGCUGAGGAAGGAAGGCCUGGACCUGGAGACCAUCGGCUUCGCGGUGUACGAGGCUCCAGACGACGAAGACCAACAGGGGAAGGAUUUCUUCCGCUACCACGCGUCCAAGGCUCGUAGCAGGACCUACAUCAACAUGCGGGAGGUGUCCGAGCGUUUCACACUGCCUCCUGGGAAAUACCUGCUGGUGCCCACCACCUUCCAGCCCCACCACGAGGCCGACUUCCUCAUCAGGAUCUUCUCAGAGAAAAGGGCUGGAGCUCUGGAGAUGGGGAGCAACGUUGAUGCUGACCUGCCAGAUCCGGCCCCGCCAAGCCCUCCAGAGGAGGAAACAGACGAGGAGAAAGGCCUGAGGAGGCUGUUUGAUCAGCUGGCCGGUUCGGACAAAGCCAUCUCUGUCAGGGAGCUUCAGCAGAUGCUCAACGGCGUUCUCAGCAGACGAAAAGAGAUCAAAUUUGACGGCCUGAGUCUCAGCACCUGCCACAGUAUCAUCAACCUGAUGGACGUGGACAACACAGGGAUGUUGGAGUUCCAGGAGUUUAAGGUCUUCUGGGAGAAGAUGAAGAAGUGGAUUAUGCUCUUCCUGUCGUUUGACACCGACCGCUCGGGGAAGAUGUCGUCCUACGAGCUCCGCAUCGCUCUGAAGGCUGCAGGCAUGCAGCUGAACAACAAGCUCCUGCAGCUGAUUGGCUUGAGGUUUGCUGACGACAGCUACGACAUCGACUUCGACGACUACCUCACCUGCAUCGUCCGUCUGGAGAACAUGUUCAGAGCUUUCCAGGCCAUGGACAAAUUCAAGAGGGGGCGGGUGAAAAUGAACAUCAUGCAGUUCCUGAUGCUGUCGAUGAACGUCUGAGGGGAAGCUGAGAGCAAACUGAAGCCACUGAAGAACAAAACACAGCCGACAGAUUUUUAAAUUAAAAGCAGUGUGUUGAAUAUUCAGAGCCGUAAUGAUACAAGCACAUUUUCUUUUUUGUGAUUCUCUGCCCGUUUUAAAUAUGGUGCUGUCUGAGGGGGGGUCGAGGGACAGGGGAGAUUAAACUGAUUUAUGCUUUUGGACAAAA